AUGAAGGCACCUUCGUCCUCAUCCGUGGCUCUGGUAUUGACGUUUCUUUCUCCCAACGCCAAUAUCUUUGCAAAUGCAGACCGGCUGCCCGUAACCGCAGGCUUCAACCCUUACAUACCAUCUGCCCUCUGUUGCAACACAGAUUUCGUCUGGACUCCUUUUAAUACUCCGAAUGGCCAAGGUCCUAUUUGGUCAUGGCAGUACUGCUGCAAGCUAGGAACAGAUCCUAAUUCAGGCAAUGGAUGCGACGGCGACGACGGUUUUAACGUUGGACGUGAACAACUAAGUAAGUUUUAUGGACCGGGUUGUGGUGGAGGAGCUGUACAGGUAUAUGGAAACUAG